AUGCAGGUACAGUUGCCAUAUGACAUCAUCCCGACGAUAUACCUUCAUACAACGUCCAAGUCUCGACGUCGCUUGUCCAGACAGGACUUACUUCACGACCACCGGUAUCUGUCCAUCUCAGGACAUUCAAAUCUCCAAUUACAUGCUACGCCUCACUUACAAACCGCUAAGGACCACUCACCCGGAGGACAAGCCAACGAGAUGCGCGACGACGCAAGGGACAACCCAGUUUCCAGCUCAAAUUCGCACCUAGAUACCUCUUUCGCCGAAGAUCCAUCGAACCGCCACAUACACGAGGAUGACUCAUGGAAGUACCGUGCACCGUAUCAGAGCCAGAAAGACGAUGAAUUCAGCCCCGUGAAGUGGGAGGCCAAGUGCCAUUGCGGGAAUGUGCAAUACCAAAUCAAGCAGGAGCGUCCGUUGGCAGCGAAGUAUUGCCAUUGUCGAGCCUGUCAGGUUCUUCACGCUGCACCGUUUCAAUGGUGCGCCGUAUUCCGUAAAACCGACAUUCGAUUCAAACAAGGUACCGACUCACUAAUGUUCUACUCCUCCCACGAAAAGAGUAAGAAAUAUCAAUUGCCAACAAAGGUGUACUGCUCGAAUUGUAAUUCGCCCAUCAUGGAUGAAGGAAGGAAUAUGUGUUUGAUUUUCCCCGAGUUGAUUGAUUUGGGUCAGACGGAGGAGGAGCAUUUGAUUCGAAGGAAGGUUUUUGAGAUUGACUGCCAUAUAUUCUAUAGCAGAAGACUCGUUGAAGUGCAUGACGACAAACCGAAAUGGUCCGAGCUGGAUAAGCUGAGUGAUCUGCUGAAUGAUGAUGGGCAUAAGAUAUGA